AUGAAGAGAAAAAGCAGGCCAAAGUUGGAAAAAUUCCGAGCACGGAGUCGAUGCCCCUCGGGCCGGCGUCAUAUCGUGACCGACGAACGCCGACGAACCCAGACGCGACGGGACAUUUCGUCGGGUUCCAUAUCAACGGGUUCUGAUCCUGCGAGCAGUGGUGGUUCUGGCAGCAGUUUGCUGGGGGUCCACCCCGCAUCAUCAGCAGCUCAGCUGAGUUUGAGGAGGGGUCGGACCCGGGUUCCAGAGCAAUUGGAGAGGGGAAAUGUGGGCCACGUGGGCAUCGAUUGGACCUGCAGCACAUCCACAGCUGGCACCACACUCCCCAUUGUUGAUUUCUUCCCUCUGUGCUGGUUGGGGGGAUAUUUGACACCGUUAUCACCGACGUAUGGGACUUUGCUGCCAGGUGAAAAGCAGUUUGUCCAUUAUUAUCUUUGGCCAGCAGAAAAUGUUCUGCAAGCUGUUCUGAAGUCAGACCAUCUUUGCCCCAUUCCCAGAGCUGUAUCAGUGCUUCAGUUUUUCCAGCCCUUGCUGCCAGUAGAAAAUCAUCUGCAAGGUUUUGUGAAGUCCGUUCAAAUUCCUCUUUGCCCCAUUCCCAGAGCUGUAUCAGUGCUUCAGUUUUUCCAGCCCUUGCUGCCAGGUGAAAAGCAGUUUGUCCAUGAUCAUCUUUGGCCAGCAGAAAAUUGUCUGCAAGCUUUUGUGGAGUCCGUUCAAAUUCCUCUUUGCCCCAUUCCCAAAGCUGUAUCAGUGCUUCAGUUUUCCCAAACGUCGCUGCCAGGUGAAAUGCUGUGUAGCCAUCAUUAUCUUUGGCCAGCAGAAAAUUGUCUGCAAGCUCUGGAGUCAGACCAAGUUCCUCUUCUCCCCAUUCCCAAAGCUGUAUCAGUGCUUCAGUUUUUCCAGCAUCUGCUGCCAGUGUGGACGAGUGGUAACCCAAAGCUGUUUGAUUGUCCCCUUUUCAAGCAGCAGUUCCAGAAGAGUGACUGUUUUUUCCUUGUAAGUCGGACUGAUUUCAUCAAAACCAUCAAAAAGCAACACCAUUCUUUGCUUUUGGAAAGAGUGUUGAAAGAGCAGGUGUUCCAAGCUCUGUUUCUCGAGUUCUAA